GCGGCUCCCACUGUUACCCUCCAGGCGGUCUCUGCCGAGGACCUCAACGACGAUCAACACGAUCCCCUCAGCCAUGCCCUCGGCACCCCGACGCCUCUCGCAACAGCCAUCCUACCGAGUUCGCCCGUGCCAUCCCGCCCAGAAGCGCCUCCCCGACGACAAAGUCUAAUACCCAAUCGUCAAACCACUCUAAUUCGAAACCUACUCGAAGGACGUGUCGAAAACGAAGCUAGGCCAGCCAGCGCCGAUUAUUUGCUCCCCAACAUCGCAAACAUGGUCACCCGCAAGGUCUGGGUUAGGCGCCCCGGCGCUUCUGCCACACUCAUCACCGUCAACGAGGACGACCUGGUCGAUGAUGUGCGCGACAUGAUUCUACGAAAGUACGCCAACUCGUUGGGCAGGCAUUUUGAUUCUCCCGACCUCACACUACGGAUAUGCCCACGGGAGCAGAGACAGGAUCGUAUGCUAGGCCCCGAAGAGCCCGUGGGCCGUACACUCGAUGCCUACUUCCCCGGUGGCCAAAAUGUGGAAGAGGCUCUGGUUAUCGAUAUCCCAGCCCGGCGCACACCGAGACCGUCACCACGUGCUCCGACGCAUUCUACAACAAUCUACUACAACGACGAAGGCCGGCCCUCUGAGGCUGGCGAAGGAUAUUUCCCUCCUGUUGCAAACGCUGCUGCUCUGCCGUCACCAAACCUACCAGUGCCAGUCGUCGCUCCUGUUACCGUCCCUGCAAUACAUCCCUCGCACCCUGCCCACCCAAUUCACCCAGCGCAUGCUCUUACAGCGCACACCCAGCACUCGAUUGCAAUCCUUGGAAGCGGCCAAGUACCGCCAAUACCCUCCCCGGGAGGCACGAGGUCUCGUGCAUACAGGGAACGCCCAGAACGCCCUCGCCUUGGAAGAACCCAUACCUCCUCACCUACGAUACUGAAUCAAGUCAAUGCACAGUCCAUGGCGGCCGCAGCAGUCGCUGCUGCGCAUCCUACCCACUCAUUCCACCCACGCCUACCGCCCUCUAGGACGCAGUCGAACACUUCAGAGCAAUCCAACGCCCAACCGGCUGCUCCGCCACUUCCAACACCACCCGCUCCGGAAGUACAACCUGCAAGAGUUGCUACUCCCCCGCCCAGGAUUGCUUCUCCUAGGCCAGCAAGUUCUCGGCCUAAGAAGAAGAAAACAGUAGAUCAUCCAACUUUGCCGGCUGGCAUAUUGAAUGGCGGCGUGCCACCCAUCAACGUGUUGAUCGUAGAGGACAACCCGAUCAACCUCAAGCUGCUCGAGGCUUUCGUCAAGCGUCUGAAGGUUAGGUGGAAAACGGCGGUCAACGGCCGAGAUGCCGUCACCAUGUGGAGGACCGGCGGUUUCCAUCUUGUUCUGAUGGAUAUCCAACUGCCCAUCAUGAGCGGACUGGAAGCCACCCGGGAGAUCCGCAGAUUGGAGAGAGUCAACUCGAUUGGUGUCUUCUCUUCGUCAGCAGGGAGCGCACCUGAAGCCCCGAAUGGCGAGCCAGAGGAGAAGGACAAGUUGACCAAUAUGGAGCUCUUCAAAAGUCCGGUCAUUAUCGUGGCCCUCACUGCCAGCUCCCUCCAGAGUGACAGACACGAGGCCUUGGCGGCUGGCUGCAACGAUUUCCUUACCAAGCCUGUAAACUUUGUUUGGUUAGAGAGGAAAGUCAUGGAAUGGGGUUGCAUGCAAGCACUCAUUGACUUUGAUGGCUGGAGAAGAUGGAAAGACUUCUCUCGGCAGAAUGACGAGGCCGAAGCCAAGAAAUCGGCCGCGUUGAAGACAAAGGCAAAGAAGAAUCGCUUGUCGAUGACUUCGGCG